AUGGACAUCAAUUUUUUCUUUCUGUUUGUUGUAGGUGAACUGCUCCUGCUCUCAAGUAUGAUUUUCCUGCUCCCGGUGGUGUGCGGCUGCCCAGAGAGGUGCCGCUGUCACUCACCUUCGAAUUUUGUAGACUGCAGCCGGCAGGGUCUGGCUGAAGUCCCUUCCGAUCUGCCUCCUCAGACUCUAACCCUGCACUUACAAGAUAACCAGAUACGUCAGCUUCCGGCUUCUGCAUUUAAGUCAGUGCCACAGCUCACAACCUUGAACUUGUACAACAAUUCUCUUUCAAAUCUGACCUCCGGAGUUUUCCAUGGACUUCAGCACUUGCGGGUCUUAAACCUAACCCAGAACUCCCUGCAUUCCCUGGAAAGCAGACUUUUCCAUUCCCUCCCACAGUUGAGAGAACUUGAUUUAUCAUCAAACAACAUAAGCCACCUUCCCACAUCCCUGGGUGAGCCUUGGGAGAACCUAACUGUAUUUGCGAUACACCAAAACCAGCUUCAGCAGCUCGAUCGAGCCCUCCUAGAAUCCAUGCCCAGAGUGAGGCAUUUAUUUCUCAAGGACAACCUCUGGAAAUGCACUUGCCACUUGCUCAGUCUUAAACUCUGGCUGGAGACGUUUAUCUAUAAAGGUCAGUAA